CAACGUUUCCUUCGCACUUGUGUACCACAAGCUAUGAAGUUUUGUUUUGCUUGUAGAAUAGUUAGAUAGUGGAGUAAAAGCAUUAUGUCAACUCGAAAAUUAAAGAAAGAGUUGAGCGAUAAUGUCGGCGACAAGAACUGCGAGCUGCACGGGAGCCAGCCUGCUCAUAUUCGCAUUCAUCGGAACUCUUUUAUUCGAAGCAAUAACCACAACAGAAGCGGCGCCUCGCCCCAGGUAUUAUUCAACUGGAUACUAUUCACCAUUGUCGCUAGAAAAUCCAAAUCCAGAAUACCUGCUCCAGACCAUCGCCAGACUGAGACAAGCACUGAUCAACGAUGACGACUUAGAAAACAUGCUAUCUAAGAGAACGCUAAGGGAUGAUUACUUUUUGGACGAGCUGAACUACCCCAUGCUCCUCGAUAAUCACGAAAAGCAGGCAAAGAAGAAAAAUGAGGUGGAUUUUGGAGUCAACAGAGGACAUAGUGGAGAAAAGGAACAUAUGUUCAGGAUGACUAACAAUCUGGCAAAAUAUGUUGGAUAA